CAGAUCACCAAGUCGCAAUUGAAUUCCGUCAGAGAGGGAAGUGAUGCAGAAGAGGGACCUCGGCAAAGCGGCCGGUGGAGGCGGAGGCUCCGCCCCUCCCGCGCCCAAGAGAGGCCGUCCUUUCGGGAGUACUAACAGCAACUCAGCCGCCAAUGCCGCCGCCGCUGCUGCUGCGGCUGCCGCUGCCGAGGCUGCCGCUCCGUCGUCUCUCCUGGGGCCGUCCCUGCAAGUGCACAGCUCCUUCGCCGAUCAAAACCAUAGAAGGAUCGUUCUGGCGCUUCAGAGUGGGCUGAAGAGUGAGCUCACAUGGGCACUGAACACUCUCACGCUGCUCUCUUUCAAGGAGAAGGAAGACGUGCGCAAGGAUGCUACCCCUCUCUCCAAAAUCCCCGGCCUGCUCGAUGCCCUGCUUCAAGUUAUUGAUGAUUGGCGGGAUAUAGCCCUUCCGAGAGAACUCGAUAGAAAAACCAGGGUCAGAACACUUGGUGCAAAUUCUCUGGUAACAGGAUUUGGGAAUGAGCACGAUGCUUUGGGGACAAAUCAAACACUUGCACAUUCAGGGGGGAGCGCUGGUUCCUCUGCUACAGAAACAGCCUCGCAGAAGGCUGUCUCUAAAGCUCGUCCUCCUCAAUGGUGGUCAGAGGAAGAUGGGCUGUUUAAUGUAGAUGAUACAGGGAGAGCAGAAAGACAGCAAUGUGCAGUCGCAGCUUCUAAUGUUAUUCGCAACUUCUCUUUCAUGCCCGAAAAUGAAGUCAUUAUGGCCCAACACAGGCAUUGCUUGGAGACAGUAUUCCAGUGCAUAGAAGAUUUCAAUACAGAGGAUGAGGAGCUUGUCACCAAUGCACUGGAGACAGUUGUGAAUUUGGCUCCAUUUCUCGAUCUUCGGAUUUUUAGCUCAAACAAGCCGUCCUACAUCAAAAUCACAGAGAAGCGUGCAGUUCAAGCCAUCAUGGGGAUGCUAGGAUCUGCUGUGAAAGCCUGGCAUUGUGCUGCUGCUGAAUUCAUUGGCCGCUUGAUAAUCAAUCCUGACAAUGAACCUUUUCUUCUCCCCUUUGUUCCGCAGAUACACAAGCGGCUGAUCGAUCUACUGAGCUUUCCAGCCUAUGAUGCACAAGCUGCUGCUGUUGGUGCUCUCUAUAAUCUUGCUGAAGUCAACAUGGACUGCAAAUUAAAGCUUGCAGGGGAAAGAUGGGCCAUUGACCGACUGAUAAAAGUGAUAAGGGUGCCACACCCAGUUCCAGAAAUUUGCAGGAAAGCCGCAAUGAUUCUGGAAAGCCUCGUGGCAGAGCCCCAGAAUAGGCCCCUUCUGCUAGCAUAUGAGAACACCUUUGCAGAUAUUGUCUUCAUGGACACGAGGCAUUCUGACUUUUUCGCGAGGAUUCUGUACGAACUCACAGCGAGACCAAACAACAAGAUGGUCUCUGCUCGUGGUAUCUGGGGAAUGUAAGCGGGGAGCUUCAGCCUUAUUGAGAUGACUUGACUAUCGAGCAGGUAUUUUGCCUCUAGCUAUGUCGAGCUAGUUAAUUUAUCUGGCAUGUAUAUAUCAAAUACUAGCAGAUCAGUUUUCUCUAUGGCUAAAGUUGUCGAAUCUCACUGAGCAGAUCAGCUCUCUCUUUUGUGAGUUCAUUGACCGAGGUGAUGUUGUAAUUCUAACAUGUAAUAUUUAUCCUACCAACUUAUGAUGUUUGGCGGGUCCUCGUGUUUAUCUGUCGAGCUAAGUUGAAGCUCAUGUAUUUCUACUUCUUGACAUGAGAUUGUACCGGUUAACUUACAUGUUUUAAGAAAAACCCUUGUAAGAGUAGUCUCCUUAAUGAAAUGGGAAGGUUUGUCGGCCAAUGUUGGUUUCA